AUUGAAAUAGAGUGGCCUAAUGCUGGACUUUGGUUGAAUAAUAAAGGUCAAAACAUUCUUCACAUUGCAGCAAUGAAGGGAAAUGGUCAAGUGAUAAUAUAUCUACUGAACCACCCCAAGAUUCAUCACGACGCUAUCAAUGAGAGAGAUGUUAAUGGAGAUACUCCCUUACAUUUGGCUUCAAGAGAAUUGCGUCUCUUGACUCUAUUCUUUCUAUUAGGAGACAAAAGGAUCGAUGUGAACUUAGUCAAUAACAAAGGUUUAACAGCUCUAGAUGUUGUUUGGAUACAACGUAAGAUUCCAGAGUCAUAUCAAGAGCUUCUGGCACGUGUAAUUUUAUAUCGUGCUGGUGUGGACCUGAAGGCAAAUAUGCUGAGCGUGCCACUCACAAGAUCCAUCAAUAAAGAAUGGAAUGUGAAGGAUGCCGCCAACACACUCAUACUUGUGGCCAUACUCAUAGCCACAUUGACUUUUGCAGCUGGUUUUACAGUGCCAGGCGGGCUUUACUCAGCGGAUAGCCCAAUCCCAAAACAAAGGGGAAUGGCACUUUUGGCGGAUCAAACACUAUUCAAGAUCUUCAUGGCUUUUAACACUAUUGCUUUGUAUAGCUCCACCAUUGGCUCUAUCAUUCUUCUAUGGGUCCCAAUGGGAGAUGGUCGUCUUGCGACAUUAGUAUAUAUGUAUGCUAGGUUAUUUGUUCAUGUGGCCCUUAUAGCAAUGCCCGUUGCAUUUCUGGCUGCUAUACGUUUGAUUGUGAGCAAUAACACUAUUGUCGCGGACGUUAUCAGUGUCAUUGGAUUCAUUUCCAUUUUCUUAACGAUGUUUAUUCGUAUUUUAGGAUUCCUUCCACUUGGAAGUCGCCGUCCCGUACUUAAGCAAAUCAUAGGCUUAUUUCUUUGGAUCAGGGUUGUUUUAGUCUAUGGAGGCGACGAUGCUUGGCAAAGCAAUUAUGCAGGCGAAGACAACCAAGUCGAUCAAGAUGAUGCCAAAAAUCAAAUCAAAUGA